GAUACAGAGAGACAAACAGACAGAGACUGAUCGACAGAGAGACAGAGUGAAAGACAGACAGACAGACAGACAGACAGACAGACAGACAGACAGACAGACAGACAGACAGACAGAUACCAUGUCUCCCUCCCAGUCCUCACUACUACUGCUGAUGCUGGUCUCCUGCUCCUGGGCCUCCCACUUCUUAGGAGGAACCACGACCUUCAACCCCAGAGGGACCAACCCAGACGGAACCUACAGGGUGGACCUUCGUUACAAGGCAGCCAUUCGCCAAUCCUACUUCAGCUUUUUCGAUGAUUUUAAUGCUAACUGGUCGUGUGCCAGUGGGGACUGUGGAAAUGAGAUCAGUCUAGUGAUUACGACAGUGGGGCUAUCUGAUAUAGCUGAGGACUGGUAUCAGACAGAAGGAGUCAUGACUAGACACGUCUCCAAUAACACACAGACUUUUGAUCUGCGAUUGAAUGGCAGAAACUGGAUGGACAAUGAUAAUUCUGUUUUAGAUUGGAGGCUGUUGACUCAUGUGGAUCUUGGGGUCAGGUCUGACACGGGGACAGUCAACCGGUCUCCACAGACCACUGUCGUACCUCUGAUGCGUGUCCCUGCUAAUUGUCAAAGAGAUUUCAACCUGUUGUCAUUUGAUCCAGAUGAGGAUAAGGUCAGAUGCAGAUAUGCAGUACCAACGGAGGAGUGUUUCACAUCAAGUGACCUUCCUAAUGACUUCACUCUACGAGAGAACUGCACCUUGUCAUUUUGGAGCAACAGUAAUACCACUGGAACAUAUGCAGUUCAGAUGGUGAUGGAGGAUUUCCCGACUCAGUCCAUCUCUCUCUCCUAUACUGACGGAUCUCAAUCUAACAGGACCUCAAAUGAUACACUCUGCAAACUGGCUGUUCAGUUUAUAGUGAGAGUGGACCCCCCGGUUCCAUCCUGUUUGGAGGGGCUGUACCUACCCAUGUUCCUGUCUCCAACACCAGCCCAGGGUGCACUGCUGUACGCCUCUGCAGACCAACCCCUGGAAAUCACUGUCAGAGCACAGGCUACCAACUCCACGGUUUCAGAGCUGUUGGUGAGUGGACCUUCCAGUAUCACAGAGAACACCAUUGUCCCAGGAGAAUACAUUCUAAGAUGGACGCCCACUGAGGAUGAGGAGGGAGGGUACUAUCCUGUGUGCUUCAUCGCUCUGGGAGUGAAGGACAGUUCCAUGUAUCACUCUGAGCUGCGCUGUGUGAUCGUCAGCGUUGGAAACACAAGCGCCAUCAUAACCACAGCGGAACCAACAACCUCCCCUCCUCUGACAAUAAACCUCACAACCACAGAGGAACCAACAAUCUCCUCUCCUCUGACAAUAAACCUCACAACCACAGAGGAACCAACAACCUCCCCUCCUCUGACAAUAAACCUCACAACCACAGAGGAACCAACAAUCUCCUCCCCUCUGACAAUAAACCUCACGACCACAGAGGAACCAACAAUCUCCUCUCCUCUGACAAUAAACCUCACGACCACAGAGGAACCAACAACCUCCUCUCCUCUGACAAUAAACCUCACCACCACAGAGGAACCAACAAUCUCCUCUCCUCUGACAAUAAACCUCACAACCUCACAGAUUGCACCUGCACUUCUAACUACCACCCAAACAACUACUGAACUCACAACCACAAAUGUCAGUACAUACGGACCCACAACUACCACAACUACCACAGUGACCACAACUACCACAGCGACCACAACUACCACAGCAUCCCCACCUUUAAGUACAAACCCAACCAUCGAUCUCACAACCCAUAUUGUGGACAGUACCACAAAGAGCAGUGGGCCUAGAUACGUUGUCGUGCUGAGGAUAAAACUGUCCUCUCUGACCCCACUAACAGAUGAUUACAUCAGAAACGUGGUGUUACAGCAGCUCCGUGAGGAACUGAUCAGCCGAGGGCUGCCAGGAGACUUCACGCUACGCCUGAGAGCCACUCAUGACAUCAGCUGAGGAAGGACCAGGAAUUCAGAUCAACUUUCUUCACUUCCUACUCGUCUUUUCUUCCUGGCUCUGAUUCUGCAGAAAGUUAUUUUGAAGAAGAAGUGGUUCCUUAUAAUGACAGAAUAUGGUUGAUUUGUACUCAUCUCUCGUGGACAGACGCACGUAACAUAAAUUAUGAUUUUUGUUCUGGGUUUAGAUUAGUUGAAUGAACUGACGCUACGUCUUACUGGAUGUUAGUUGAAUGACUAAAAUGUAAAUGAUUUAUGUCUACAAGAAGAAAUAGAACAUAUAUGUGUUUGGUAAUGUACAGAGGUAAACUGAGGUUCUUUCCUGUUUGGUAAUGUACAGAGGUAAACUGAGGUUCUUUCCUGUUUGGUAAUGUACAGAGGUAGACUGAGGUUCUUUCCUGUUUGGUAAUGUACAGAGGUAAACUGAGGUUCUUUCCUGUUUGGUAAUGUACAGAGGUAGACUGAGGUUCUUUCCUGUUUGGUAAUGUACAGAGGUAGACUGAGGUUAUUUCCUGUUUGGUAAUGUACAGAGGUAAACUGAGUUUAUUUCCUGUUUGGUAAUGUACAGAGGUAGACUGAGGUUAUUUCCUGUUUGGUAAUGUACAGAGGUAAACUGAGGUUAUUUCCUGUUUGGUAAUGUACAGAGGUAGACUGAGGUUAUUUCCUGUUUGGUAAUGUACAGAGGUAGACUGAGGUUCUUUCCUGUUUGGUAAUGUUCUGAGGUAGACUGAGGUUAUUUCCUGUUUGGUAAUGUACAGAGGUAGACUGAGGUUCUGUCCUGUUUGGUAAUGCACUGAGGUAGACUGAGGUUCUUACCUGUGUAAAGAAUUGUUGGUUGAGGCUCAGGUUUCUGUGACAUUUUAGUGACAGAGGACACAGGUAGGGAGGACCCACUUGUAUACACCCACACACACACUCAGGAAGAAGUUUCACUUUCACUCACAAAUGGAGCAUAAAGAAGAAUGAACACUGAGGGGGAAUUGACAUUGACUAAAUAGAAGAAGAAAUUAAUUGACAUUGACCCAAGAGAAGAAGAAAUGAAUUGCGACUGGAAUUUAUUGAAACACUAAUUAAAGGUUAAAUAUAUGAAAUGUUAAAGGUUGAAAACAUUGGGAGAUAAACAUUGGGAGAUAAACAUUGAGAGAUAAACAUUGGGAGAUAAACAUUGGGAGAUAAACAUUGGGAGAUAAACAUUGAGAGAUAAACAUUGAGAGAUAAACAUUGGGAGAUAAACAUUGGGAGAUAAACAUUGGGAGAUAAACAUUGGGAGAUAAACAUUGGGAGAUAAACAUUGGGAGAUAAACAUUGGGAGAUAAACAUUGGGAGAUAAACAUUGGGAGAUAAACAUUGGGAGAUAAACAUUGGGAGAUAAACAUUGGGAGAUAAACAUUGAGAGAUAAACAUUGGUAGAUAUUAAAGGGGUCUUAAAAUAAUGCAGUUAAAGGUUAGGAGUUUUAUAAUGUUGUUUUCUUUAAGGUGUGAAUCAUAUAGACUGUGUUUGAUUAGGCUCAGAGGACAAGGCCUUAGGAGGUUGAUAAUGAGACGUUAUAAUGGUAAAAUGUUAUAAUGCUGAUAUGUUUAAAAUAUUGAAGGAUUAAGAUAUAACUGGAGUAAUAAAUUAGGUUGUGGUAAGAUAAGAAUUGAGUAAACGUAGGAGGGUGAAGGGAUUAGGAAAGGUUCAUGUUUGAAAAAUGUUUUAAGAAGUUGAUGUUAAUGAAGUAUAUUAAUGGUGCUAGCUUGAUCUGGAAAACACUUAAGGUUCCCUCAUUGAUAGAAGUGUUCUAGUACAUUCUAGGAGGAACCCUUAAGGUUAUCUCAUUGAUAAAAGUGUUCUAGUACAUUCUAGGAGGAACCCUUAAGGUUCCCUCAUUGAUAGAAGUGUUCUAGUAGCUGUUAGUUUUUUAGACACCAACUGAGGGACGGAUUAUCCUGAGGGGGGAGACAAAAAGCUUUUUAUAAGUUGUAGAAGGUAAGAACCCGUUUUUCUUGUUAUUAAAUACUGUGCUUCUCAUGAAAUUGUAAUAGACAAUGAAGGGUUUAGUUAAGGGUUUAGUUAAGGGUUUAGCUAACAGCGCUGAAGACAUCUCUGAAUUUAAUCCAAGGUAUGUUUUUGCUUAUCAUCGAUUGGUGAUAUUGAUUUGUGAUUGAUUGAUCUGGGAUUUUUUUAUGCCUUUUUCUGGAAAUUUGAAUAAACUUGCUUCAUUGUUCUGAAA